AUGACGGGGGUAGAUAAUAUCCGAGCCUUCCCUCCCAUGAUGAUGAUUUUUAAACCUAGAGGGGUUAAUGAACAACUGACAUUGGACAUCGAGAGAAUUUCAACAAGUUCCCAAGAUUCAUCAGAAUCCCAGAAUAGCAGAAAAAGUUCAAUCCUGCCUCGACGAAAAUCUCACUUGGAGUCAAUUCAGCAAUCUGAUUCUGAUUCUGUUUUAUCAGCUGCUGAAACCCUAGUUGACACCAGGGAGUCUAGUUCUAGGAUCAGAAGAGGAAACGCCAGUAGAACAGUUAAACCUAACAAGCCGGUUAAAAGGACCCUAUCCUUGAACAGCAAAGUGAAUGGAACUGCUUCUAGGGUUAAUCGAUCCCUUUCAGAUCGUAGAAAUACAGUAUCAAAUGGAAGUUCCAAGAUGGCCGACACCAGUGCAGCGCUCCCAGGCGAGAAUGCCGCAAAAACGCUCCCAAGCGAGAAUGCCGCAAACUCUGAAGCAACCUCUUUAACCCCAGCUGUCAAUGAAUCAACUCAAGAUGAAAGAAUGGUUGUAGCCAGCGUUAAGCUCUCUAGGCAGGUCAAGAGAACAAACUCAAUCAGUUCAAAAUCCCCCAGAGAAUCGCCUCGGCUUGAGAGGAAUAUUAGCACUCCAACAAACAGAAGAGUUUAAUACACUGAGAAAUCAUUUUUCAACAGAAUUUAUAAAAUAACAUAAUUAUAUGAUAUUAUCUAAUAACAUGAUUAUAUGAUAUUAUAU